GGGAGUUUUUCAUUCUAUGGUUCUGGAUUUUUAGGAUUAUUUUAUGCCUUUAUGUAUAACGAUCCUAUGUUACUCUGUUCCUAUAAUAUAUCCUUUUUGUAUUUGCAAUAAUUUAUAUUUUUACAUGCCAACACCAUUAAGACUUUCGAAUGCACCCAUUCUUCCCCAUCAUCUAUAAUUCAAAGAUUUCCCUCUGAUCACAAAAUUCCACUUCCUCAAAACUUCAUGGGGAACACUCGUUUUAUUCCAGCUCUUACAGUCGCACUGCUGUUGCUUAAUUUUGUGGUUUCGUUCUCUACCAAAACAACAACCAAUAUCAGUAUAGAUCAGUCGGCUCUUCUCGCAUUGAAAGCUCAUGUCAUUGAUCCUCAAAAUCUCUUGACAACCAAUUGGUCCUCAGCUUUCAAUAUUUGCAAAUGGAUUGGUGUCACUUGUGGAUCUCGGCACCGAAGAGUCAUAGCUCUCGAUCUUUCUAACAUGAGUCUCUCUGGUAUUGUACCACCUCACAUUGGGAAUCUAUCUUCCCUUACUUGGCUCAACAUGAGGAACAACAAUUUUCAUGGCUCAUUACCCAUCCAGUUGGUUAAUUUGAACCGGUUGAAAUAUAUAAGGUUGUCUUUCAAUAAUUUCUACGGAGAAAUCCCAUCAUGGUUUGGUUCUUUCCCUAAACUUCAGUACUUGUCUUUGAGCUAUAACAAUCUCAUAGGUCAGAUCCCAUCACACAUGUUUGAAGGUCUACCUAGAUUGCAAGUGCUUUAUUUGGCUGUGAAUAGAUUCUCUGGCAAAAUUCCAUUGAGUUUAUUCCAAUGCAAAAAGUUAGAGGAUAUAGACUUGGCUGGUAAUAGCUUGGAGGGGAUUCUACCCAAAGAAAUAGGAAACUUGACCAUGCUUAACACUCUUCAACUCCACAACAACAUGAUCGAAGGUGUCCCGGAACAAAUUGGAGAUCUUUUCAACUUAGAAACAUUAGGCCUUUCUAGUAAUCAGCUAAAAGGGUAUCUCCCUCCAUCCAUCGGCAAUUUAACACGUUUGAGAAUCCUCAAUUUAUACAAUAAUAGCCUAACAGGUGUACCACACCAAAUUGGAAAUCUUAUGGAUUUGGAAAAAUUAAGCAUUCACAGCAAUAUGUUAAAAGGACAUCUUCCUUCUUUUGAUAAUCUAACUCGUUUGAGUGUUCUCCAAUUAUUCAAUAAUUCUCUAACAGGACAAAUUCCAGUUACCUUGGGCAAUCUAAGAUAUUUGCAAAAGCUGGACCUAUCGGGUAAUGAUUUAAGUGGCACACUUUCAUACUCGAAAAUCAGCUUUCUAUCAUCAUUAGCAAAUUGCAAAGACUUGAGUUUCUUGUCAUUUGGAGGGAAUCCAUUGAUCAGUGGUUACCUUCCGGUUUCUAUAGGAAAUCUCUUGGUUUCUCUUCAAUAUUUUUAUGCUUGGAGUUGCAACAUUAGUGGCAGCAUUCCUGGGGAAAUUGGCAACCUUACUGACUUGGUAGUUUUAGAUCUAAGUGACAAUAAUCUGGUCGGAUCCACCCCCACCACCUUGACAAGGCUUAAACAUAUCCAAUGGCUAGACUUGUCUUCCAACUUUCUAAGUGGGCCUCUCCAAAUUGAAAUUGGUAACUGGAAUGUUGUUGAAUAUGUGGAUUUUUCAGGAAAUCAUUUCUCAGGUGCAAUUCCGGACAAAGUUUGUGAUCGGAAUAAUGAUUUGAGAUAUCUUGCCUUUAGUGGCAAUCUACUGGAAGGGAUUCUACCGCGAUCUUUGAUUAAUUGCCGUGAACUGGUAGUUUUUAAUGUUGUAGACAACAAGUUUAGUGAUACUUUUCCCCAUUGGCUAGGCAUGCUUCCAAAGCUUCGAGUCCUUAUUUUGAGAUCCAACAGAUUUCAUGGUUCCAUUCAAAGUUCGGUACCAACAUCUUCCUUCUCCCAAUUGCAAAUCAUUGAUCUCUCUCGUAAUCACUUCACUGGCCUAUUGCCAACUCAGUUCUUCCAAAAUCUCAAGGCUCUGAAAAAUGUUGAAUACCGAAAUGAUAGUUAUUGGUACAAUGUUAAUGUAACAGUAAAAGGCUUGGAGCUAGAGUUUGCAAUAACUGUACGUAAACCCAUAUUCACAACUAUAGAUUUGUCGAUGAAUGGAUUCCAUGGAGAAAUUCCUGAGGUAGUUGGAGAGCUUAGCUUGCUUCAAGCACUCAAUCUCUCUCACAACAACCUAAUUGGUCUUAUCCCACCGUCAUUCGGAAUUUUGGUAGUACUUGAAUCAUUAGAUCUCUCAUUUAACAAGUUGACUGGAAAAAUCCCUUCUCAAUUGACAAAUUUAACAUUUCUGGCGGUGUUGAAGUUUCAAAACAAUAAUCUUGUAGGGCCGAUUCCCCAUGGCAAGCAAUUUGAUACAUUUGACAAAGACUCUUAUAGAGGGAACCUGGGUUUGUGCGGAUUCCCAUUGUUGAAGCAAUGUAGCAAUUAUGAAAGACCAGAACCAGCGCAAGAUGAAGGUAAUGGAAAUGGAAUAGCUUUUAUAUGGAAAGUUGCAAUGAUGGGGUAUGGAUGUGGAAUGGUAUUAGGAAUUAGCAUGGCAUACAUUGUCUUCACAACAGGAAAACCGCAGUGGCUUGUAAGAAUGAUUGAGAGAGAUUUACAAAACAAAGUUUCAAUCUGGUUUCAGAAGAAACGAAACUAGUCAUGCAAAUCCAUCUUUAUUAUGUGAGAUACUGAAUAUCAUUAAAAUAAAAGCGCUUCUUUUGCCAUGAUAAA